CAGAUUUAUGGGAAAAUAGGACAUAGAUACCAUGUGCCUACCUCCUGGCUAGAGCCAGAAAGUCUAGUCUUCUGCUUAUCCAAGCGAUGGAUAAGAUGACAACAGAAGCUGUUUCUCAUACUUCGACGUUCAGUGCUUCGCAAUACGCAUGAGGUGUAGUCCCUCGCUAGCAAGAAUUUCCGCCAGAAGUGCUCCACAUUGAGUUGUUAGCCGCACUCAGCUGCAGAUUGUGUACGGUAGUAGGCCUAUGGUACAUCGUAGCAACAUUGCGCACACCUUCUACAACCAUAUUGCCAAUCUCACCGAUACCACAAUGUACCUACGGACAAGCCUGUGUAUACAGGUGGCUACUAACGCAGCAUGCUUUGCUGGGGUGACGUUGGGCUCACGUUACCAUAGCGGCACGCAAGUGGCGCGCACGCUCUAACUUACACACAUCAAGGCAUUCAACGCACGAUGCAAUUCGUGUAGCUGGCACCGACUUCUCCGACUUCUAAACGAAGCGGAAAGUCUUAAGUUCCAUGGUAUUGCGAGAGAAGCUCUCCUGCUGUUCUUGUUGGGACCUAGAACAACAAACCCUUCGUCGAUAAAGAAUGCCAACGAGGGAUCCGUUCGGAGAAUUCAUUUGGACACAUGAAAUGCAUGCUCGAUGCUGUUCCUCGCGCAUCAGCACAACGAAGCACAAAGUGUGCGUGUUCUAGUAUGCGUCCAGCUCCGACUCCAGGGUCUACUGGCCACGGUUGACGGCACCGGUAAUAAGAUAUGCAUCCGAUGCCCUCGCCUAUACCAGAAUGACCGACACUGCUCCUCCGUUAACGGGUGUUUUAUGGUAAAGGUCUGGUGCUCCCCUUUGGUGCUACGCCAUCAUCUCGUAUACCCCCUCACACGGUGCUUAUCGGUGUUGCUUUUAUGUCGUCGACGAAAAUGCCUCCGCAUUAAGUCUCGCUUGUUCUCCAAAUUUAGCCGAAAAGCCCACAAUUUGUUGCCCACCAAUUUGUGGCCCAUCACAAGUGGGAUGCUGAUCUAACAUGCGGUUUCAAACUAUUCAAACGGAAACAGAGAUCGUACGGCAGAUUGAGCAUGGGGCCGCUGGCACCCAAUAUUUGAUUUCAUUCAUUUGCCAACCACCUGGACAGUGUUUAACGCGUAAACGCGUUUCCUAAAUAUGCGUUUUGCCGCGUGGCGUUGUUGUUAAUCAACAAUUAGCACCCCGUAAAGUUGUGGAAUUAUGAUGAAAAGGUGAGAAGUAGCGAGAGGGAGAGAGUAACAAACAAUCGGGCGACUCGGCGGCCCGGAAGACGGUUUGCGAAACGCAUACCAACGACGGAAGUGCACGCCCCGACCAGCAAACCUGAGCCUCUGAGUCUGAUGACCCACUUCUGGGCUGGGAAAUGGGCUGCCCUGUCCCACCACCAUCGCUGGGCUGGGCGCUGGGUGUAUGUUUUCGCUUUUUCCACUUCCAAGUCAUUUUUGUUUUCUUUUCCGCGAGUGAUCCGAGACGAGACAACAUUCUGGCAGAGGAAAGUGCGUCGCGUCCCGCAGGGGGCAGCAGAAGAAUGAAGGAAGAGCCGCUUGUCGUCUCAUGGUUGACACGAGUGUCACGAGCGAGCCAAUCAUUAUUGGUUUUAUGCUGUUUGGACAGCCAGCAGCCAUUGAAAGCUCGUGCGGUCCUCAUUCUGGCUUCUUCUCUGCCAGCAAGACAAACAAACGGGUGGACUCGCAUCGUGUGUAGGAUGAUGCGGAAACGUUCCGCCGUGUGGGAGCUGCUGAAGUUGUUUGAUGAUUUGAAUUUCCGGGACCAAAAGUGAUCGAAAAAAAGUGGCGGGACCAGUGUAUCAAUCGCGUCAUAAAAAUCACGAAAAUUUUUAUCCGAAAUCAAAGCAGUCAUAAGGCGACAUUUUCAAUAUACCAAGUUAUCGGCCAUGUGGCUACUUGAUGCUGAUUCGCGCAAAACUAAACAUGAAACUUACUCGAAAUUUGCUGAGCUAUGCUAUCAUGCUAUCGAGCGAUGGAUGUGUUUCCUACCAAGCCCUAGCGGUACCCCUCCCUCAGGUGACGACAUCAUUCUCAACCCAUUCUUUGCGUCCACGCCCGUCCACGCUCCUUGGAGUUGAAGUUGAGCGAAGGUAUCGUGGCCACGCGAGAGCCGAGACGAAGAGCCGAGCGAAAUCGUGGCGGCGCUGCCAACGUACCGGCAGCUCGUAGUGCGUGGUGCAGCCUUGGCGCCCGGUUUCAGUCUCCAGUCGGAACCGGACGGUACAACAUCACCAGCGGCUUGUGAUGUGAAGAUUGGUCCGUACGCGGUAUAAGCGCUUUUGCGCUAUAAUAACCUUCGCGCUCCCGUGCGUGUGCACUCGUGACACAGUCAAGUGAAUUGUUCGUUCGUUCGUUCGUUCGCUAGCUCGCUCGAUCAAGCGGCAAGAAGUCAACCACUUAGCCAGCGCGCCACAAGUGGUUCAAGGUUUUGGAAAUUGUUGGUACAACACCCCACAUGGUCCAGUAUAGGCAGAAGCCCAGCCGUCUUACGCAGCGGAGUGCGGGGUGGUGGACAGCGUUUACCAUCGGUGUCCUUUUGUCAGAAAGGAUGGAGGUGCACCAAUUCAGGUGCCGAGUUGGGUUGGUUCGGGCCAACAGGAAAAGCAAAAAGCUAGAAGAGAAAAUGCCUCCGAAGAGUGAAUACCGAUGAUUGGGGGCAAUUGUGAGUGAGCCAAUGCAGUAGUGGGCUACAUGGAAGGAUUGUCUGCGUUACAUCCAAAGGUCAUCGGUUCUCGAGUGAUCGGGUUCGGUGUGGAGCGGGGUGCACAAUUCAACUCGAUCGCGCCACAAGUGCAAGUGCAUUACACGAUCUCUCGGAUUUAUGAUGAUCUUUCCACGGAGUGUGUUUCUUGGUGUAUGUGUGCUCGAUCACCUGCUAAUGUUGCUGCUGCCGGUUUUUUUGUCCCUUCCCUGGAAACAAGCUUUCUUCAUUCCAGCUACUAGCGUGCGCAAGAAUCGAUCCGCAGCGGAGUAGUGGCGCUAUCCCGUGGGUGCAUGUCGCGGUCUGAAAGUGAAAUAAGAAGAAACGCCUGAAUGGGGAGUUUGUGGUGGGAUGGUGUGACGUCGCGCUGCCCUCAAGUGUGCAUGCAAAGAAAAGAAAGUCAUGAAAGUGGCCUUGGCGUGUGGCCUAAAGCUGGGGCCACUUAGUUUAAACUAUACUUGCUUACCUCGCCGCGGUUACCAUCAGCGCAGGUGCUGCGUUGUUGUUUGUUGCUCCAAUGCUGCUGCCGUGUGCUUUAGAUUUCGUGCCAAACACUAAUGAACAAUGAACGGCGCCAUCGGCUGGAGGAUGAUGGGAAAUUGGUUUGCCAAACAAUUAAUUUGUGAGUCUAGGGAGUUCUCUCGGGCUUCAGCGGAAGCUGCUCGCUUUCGUUCGGGCGUGAGAUAAUUGAACAGUUUCACUGCAACGAUAUUACAAUUCCCUUUUUUCUCUGGUCUGCCACCAAACAUCGACAACGCCGUACCGGAUCCGGGCGUGCCCAGGGUGCUCGAGAAGUAUACCGCAAAACCGAUCGGCUGUGUAGUUGCAAAAACCUUUAGAAUGUUACAAGAUAUGUUACCUUCUCAACUGCGGACUGGGUUACAAUACUGUUCAACCAAAUGACUUAUGCUUCUAAAUGAGAGCAUUGUAUUCCAAACAAGGCGCUUGAUUUGAUUUAUUUGACCAAAAAAAAUCGACAAAUUGUUCUGCGUCCAUCAUGAUUUUCUGGUUUCAUCUGCUUUCAAAUUCUCUGGAGGUGGGAUCGUUCAGAGCGGGAUGGGCAGCGGCUAUUGCGGCCACACUAAAAGAACUCUAGCGAAAUGAUGGUUGGCUGCUGGCAAGGCUUGUUAAAAAUAGUAUAUUCCGGAAAAUUGGAACAAUUCCCAUCGAUUUUGCCUUCCCUGGUCUGGGCUGUAAAUGGCUCGAUUGUUUUUCGACGCCGGUUCUUCGGUGCUCUUUGAACUUUUGUUUCGCGAUUUUCUUGUUUAGUUUCAUGAAUUGCGCUACCUCCACCACGAUUCCUACGGGAAGAGACUUACGGGGAGUGGUGGAAACAUUUAGCCAUUUUUUUAAUGAAUUAGAAUGAUUAAUUUACCUAAAAUCGUACCGUUUUGUUGUUCGUUCUCUUGCUUCAUUACGCGGUCUAUCUGCGGCAUCACGCUCGUCAUAUUAUUUAUCUUAAAUGGUGAGCCGGUACCAUAUCUGCUUAUUUAUUUAUUCUCAUUUCACUGCAUUGGUCAACAGUGUAGAAGGAAAAUAUAAAUCUUGUCCAUUCGUGAAGCCGAUGAUGGUCAAUUGGCUGCGCCAAACUGGUGAUGCAGGCUCUCAUAAAUUUGGAACGUUGCCAUGGCGAUGGCGCAAGGCUGCACCGCCAGUUUCAAAUCCCAGCAACCUUCCAUAUCGAACCUGUUCUCUUACCUUCUCGGUCUGAUCGAUCUGUGAACGAAGAAUACCAAAGUGAUGGCAAAAUGAAGUUAAAUUGUUCUUGCGAGUUCCUGUAGGACUCAUGUGGGACGAGACGUGUUGGCAUGUGUUGUUGCACCUCCAGAACAUCUAGAGGUGACGUAAUGCCGCCCUGUUGCGUUAUAGCCAUUGACAAUGACCCAAGCCAAGAACCAGAACCCAGAUGAAUGAAUACAGCAAACCCACGAAAACGAGUUUACGUUGCCAUAUGGCGGCAGUUGCUUUUAUUCUGGUCUUUUGUUUUUAUUCCAUUGGUACUUCUCAAUUCGAAGAACACGGAAUGCCAGCUUGGUGUUCUUUUUCCCUCGUUGUCUUCAUCCACGACUGGAAUACCGAUGCUUGAUGACUUCAGCAACGUAACUCUUUUAUGGACUACAAUUGAUGAUUAGAAUUGUCUAUAUUUUUUCAAUCAAUUCAUAGAGCACUUCUGUUAUCUUGAGAGCAGAGUACAUCACGGCGAAAGUUAGCAGCAACAUGGGAUGCUCGUGCUUCGUGAAAUACGAAAGACAGGCAACAACGA